AUGACGACCCUUUUCCCAAACUCGCGUUUUCUCUCACAUGCACUCUUUCUCUCUCUUUGUCUCUCCUUUUUGGCCUUUGCAUUUGCCAUAGACAUGUCCAUCAUAGACUACGAUGCUAAAGUGGAGGGCAUGAACGAGAAACGCAUGAGGGACAUGUACGAGGCGUGGCUGGUGAAGCAUGGGAAGGUGUACAAUGCUUUGGGUGAGAAGGAACAUAGGUUUGAAAUUUUUAAGGAUAAUUUAAGGUUUAUUGAGGAGCACAAUAAGAUGGGAGAAAAGGGUUACAUGUUGGGACUGAACAAGUUCGCUGAUCUCUCCAAUGAGGAGUAUAAGGCUAUGUUUUUGGGUGGGCGAUUGCGGAGAUCAGAUAAGGGACUGUUUGGGAAGAAAAGUGGUCGUUAUGCUUAUCGUGAGGGCGAGGCAUUACCUGAUAUGGUGGAUUGGAGGGAGAAGGGUGCUGUUGCUCCUGUAAAAAAUCAAGGUCAAUGUGGGAGUUGUUGGGCAUUCUCCACGGUUGCUGCGGUUGAAGGAAUCAACAAAAUUGUAACCGGUGAUCUCAUUUCCCUAUCAGAGCAAGAAUUGGUGGAUUGUGACAGAGGUUACAACAUGGGGUGCAAUGGAGGGCUUAUGGACUAUGCAUUUGAGUUUAUCAUACAAAAUGGAGGCAUUGAUACUGAAGAGGAUUAUCCAUAUCGUGCUCGUGAUCAAACGUGUGAUCCAAACAGGAAAAAUGCUCGAGUUGUUACUAUUGAUGGAUACGAAGAUGUUCCACCAAAUGAUGAGAAAUCCUUGAUGAAGGCCGUUGCAAACCAACCUGUUAGCGUUGCCCUUGAAGCUGGUGGCAGGGCGUUUCAACUUUAUCAAUCGGGUGUUUUCACUGGUCUAUGUGGAACAGGGCUAGACCAUGGUGUUGUGGUAGUUGGGUAUGGAACAGAAAAUGGUACUGAUUACUGGCUAGUGAGGAACUCUUGGGGUCCAGAAUGGGGUGAGGAUGGUUAUAUUAGAGUAGAGAGAAAUGUGUUAGAAACUAACACUGGUAAGUGUGGAAUUGCAAUGGAGCCAUCUUACCCCAUAAAGAAUGGUGCUAACCCCCCAAAUCCUGGUCCUUCUCCUCCAUCUCCGGUAACUCCUUCAACUGUUUGUGAUGAGUACUACUCUUGCUCCCCUGGAACCACAUGCUGUUGCCUUUUUGAGUUUAGAGGCUUCUGCUUUGGAUGGGGAUGCUGCCCCAUUGAGUCUGCAACAUGCUGUGAUGACAAGGCUAGUUGCUGCCCUCCUGAUUACCCCAUCUGUGAUAAUCAAGCUGGAACUUGCCUAAUGAGCCAAGGCAAUCCAUUUGGAGUAAAAGCUUUGAAAAGAACACCUGCUACACUUACUUGGACCCAAAGGAAAGCUGCCAUGCAAAGUAACCAUGCAUGAUAUAAGCUAGUG